AUGACCGGGGCCGUCCCGGCGAUGCUUGUCACGAUGGCCAUCGUAUUUUUCGCCUUUGUUUGCGGUCAGGUAGCUUGGGACUUAGAAGAUAGGGGCCAGCGAUACCGUCUUGCAACUGAUGAAGAGGAAGAGGAUGAGAAGGAGGAAAAAAUUUGGAGCGUCAUAAAAAUCUCCGAGACGUUUGUUGUUGAUGGGAAUGACGAGGCACGGCGAGUCAAGAAACCACGUCAGCGACCGUAUCAUUCGGUUGUGUACAUCGAACUCUAUGGUGAACACGCUCUCAAGGCCGCGGACAACGAUGCUCGAACGAACGGCAACGGCACUCAAAUCAGCGAACCAGAGCCGUCCACCGAAGAUGAGCUGGAACGAGCAGCGCGGUGUGGGAAAUGGGGGCCCACGCGCCCGAGCGAGCUGUUCCUGAGAGGAAGCCGUGUCAAAGAAGCCACAUAUACCAUGACGCCUUAUGCCCUCUCGAUCAGGACCCUCUCCGGGCCAUGCAUGGCACUAAUAUCCGAAAAAAUGCCCGACAUUGUGCGCCACAUGUCCAACGUCAUCGUCCGCGCCGAGCGAGAGGUUUUCCUAGCGACCAACUACUGGCAAAAUAGCGUCGCCUCCAAAUACAUCACCAAUGCCAUCAGGGAGCUGGAUCGCCGAGCUGGAGCAAGGGGCGUGAGAAUCGUCUUGAAGAUCCUCUACGACCGAGGGAGCCCGAGGCAACUAUACGAGCCACACUACCAUGUCUCACCAAAGGAAUUUACUGGAGAUAAGGUCAACUUGCCCCACCCCAGCGAGAUCCAGAAUAUCGACAUGGAGGUUAUGAAUUUCCACACCCCGCUAAUGGGCACGUUCCAUGCCAAGUACAUGGUGGUCGACCGGAAGAUUGCCCUCCUCCAGAGCAGCAACAUCCAAGACAACGACAACCUGGAGACGCUUAUUCACUUGGAGGGACCGGUCGUCGACUCUUUGUACGACAUGGCUUUGAUCUCGUGGCACAAGCGGAUGGAGCCGCCCUUGCCAAGUUAUGACUCUCCGGCUGCUUUGGGGUGGUUAAGUUCGUUUGACGGGACGAGUAACGGUGCCCCCCGGGCGCAGGCAGCGAAUGGAGCGGAUGAAAGGAACCCCAGCUUAUCCGCCCUGAAUUCCCUCGGGAUGUCCAAGCCGCUUCCAGAGCAUACAGCCGACGACCCUCAGUACGACGACGACAUCGCGGGCGAGGUUGCCCGUUCUCAGGCAUCCCUCGCUCCCAAGCCGGGCUUGACCCAUCUGCAAGCCGUCGCUCGGUUGCUCAACCACACAGUCAACGAAGGCCUCCCCGGCGACCCGAACGCACCAGAAUGCCCCCCGGGUGAGCUUAUGACUCCAUAUAUCCCUCAUCAGUCUCGCACUCCCUAUCCCAUGGCCCUGGUCAACCGCGCACCCUACGGCCCGCCCACGCACCGCUCCGUGUCAACACCCCAAAACGCUGCCUGGCUGUCCGCUCUAAACAACGCCAAACACACCGUCUACAUCAUCUCCCCGACGCUCAACGCCAGCCCCCUGAUCCCCGCCAUCAUCGCCGCCUGCGAGCGCGGCGUCAACGUGUACUGCUACAUCUGCCUGAGCUACAACGACGCCGGCGAACUCCUCCCCCGCCAAGGCGGCCACAACGAGAAAGUCGCCUCCACCCUCUACGCCUCCCUCUCAUCCCCAUCCGCCCGCGCCCGGCUGCACUACCACUGGUACGUGGCCAAGGACCAGACGCGCCCGAUCCCGCAGUCGCGCCGCCAGCGCAGCAGCCACGUCAAGCUGAUGAUUGUGGACGGGGCCGUCGCCAUCCAGGGCAACGGGAACCAGGACACGCAGAGCUGGUUCCACAGCCAGGAGGUCAAUGUCAUGAUUGACAGCGAGGAGCUCUGUGCCGAGUGGCUGGCGGCGCUGAGGCGGAAUCAGAAUAUGGAGAUGUUUGGUCGGCAACUGGUCAGACCGGUGAUAUCGAAGCCCGGAAGACUACACCUCAAGGUGGAUAAACUUGUAGAUCGAGAUGCCGUCGAUCAGUCAGCUCCAACUGAGGCGCCCGGGCUGUUAGUUGCGCUGGUGACGGAAGUAUUCGGUCUCGUCGGGGAUGGAGGAUCGAGUUCGGCUGGUGACGGUGUUCGAUCUCGUCGGAGAAUGGAAUUCCGAGGCCUCAUGGCUCCAUCCACCAUUGCGCGAGCUAGGGGUGGAGGAUGUUGCGUUGACGGCGUCCAGGGCUAUCCCAAGCUCAGGGGCCUCAGCUGCUGCCUUGCCCUUGUCCUUCUUCCGCCUUUGUCGAAGGUGCAGCCCUGA